CUCCUCCUCCUCCCAACCCUCUACCUCCUCCACACGAUCCGCAAAGACUACCAUGCCUUCCUCGCCCUGGGACCAGGAGGCACCCCCUCAACCCCAGCAGGCUACCUCCGGAUCUGCAUCCUCCGGCUCUUCAUCCUGCGCAACCCGUUACUCGCCCCAACAAUCCCCCCCUGCGUCCAGCCGCAACAAGGCCUGCUUCGCGCCUCGCACCUGCCCCCGCGCGCCGGCCCCCGCCCCACCGUCACCGGGAUCGCGCCGCAACGCCAAACGACCCAAAAGAGCGACGCCGCGAUCUACGAGACGCUGUCCACCGAGAUCCACCGCCUGGUCGCCCAGCACCCGGACACGCUAUACACGGGCACCUCGUGCUUCGAGAAGUAUAGCACGGGGAUGUUCUGCGCGGGGAACGGGAACGGCAACGGCAACGCUGCCUGCGGUCCCGACAGCCUCACCACCACCUCCCUCCAAACCCUCAAAGUAUCCAACCCCGGCGUCAACAACAACAGCCACCAACAAGAACAACGCCGCCACCGCCUCACCUGCAACGGGGAGGUGUGUCACGCGCACCCGAGCGACGGCAGCCUGCACCUGACGCUGCACCCGGCGGACGUGAAGCUGGUGCUGGAGCGCGGCUGGGGCCAGCGGCACCCGCUGGCCCGCGACAGCUGGUGGUGGUGGCUGCGCAUCGUGCCGCCCGGGUUUGUGAUGGUGUAUGCGCCGCGCGACGCCGAGGAGCUGGACUGUGUGCUCGAGAUUAUCCGGGCGGCGGCGUGGUGGGUGAGCGGGACGGAGUUG